CAAGAGACAAGUUAUUAACCGUCUCCAACGACUUUGGUGAGGUCUGGUCCUUUGCCUUUGUCAGCUGACUACGGGAACUUAAAGGCAACACGCGCUAGGCCUUAAAGGUAGAUAGAAAUUUCUAGUGUUUUUUUUUUCUUCUAAAAAAAAAAACACACCAGAGCCGAUGUGUAGGUGAAGUUAAGUCUUUUUGCUAGGGAAAUCGGACGGUGUCGGCCCAACAGAACAGCCGCAGCGAGUCCAAGGCCAACAAGGGCCAGACUUCUGCGGCUAUGCCUGUCAUAAGUGUAGGUGAUUACGAGCCCCCGGCUCCAAAUUUGUGCGCAGGAUGCGGGGGAAAAAUUGUUGAUCGUUAUUAUCUGCUAGCCGUGGACCGACAAUGGCACAUACACUGCCUCAAGUGUUGCGAAUGCAAGCUACAACUGGACAGCGAACUCACUUGUUUCGCUCGAGAUGGCAACAUUUACUGUAAAGAAGACUACUACAGGCUAUUCGCCGUUAAAAGGUGUGCAAGGUGUCAAAGAGGAAUUUUUGCCAACGAAUUAGUCAUGAGAGCUCGGGACCUUGUUUAUCAUCUGCAUUGUUUUACUUGUGGAUGGUGUAACGCGGCAUUAACGCAAGGGGAUUACUUUGGCCUCAGGGACAACUUGGUGUACUGUCGGACUCACUACGAACUUUUGGUCCACGGUGAUUCAUAUCUAACAGCGGAAGGGCUACCGAGACAGGGACCCGUUAAUGGUGGACCUCCGGCAACCGGUAGCACUCUAGGAGAGAGGACAACGGAUAAUCCCGCACCGCCGCCGCCUUAUCCGGUGUAUUCUGGUGUAGGAUCAGUCAGGAAAGGAAGACCCAGGAAGAGGAAAACGUCUGAUAUCGGUGUUGACGGUUUGCAGCCACAAAAUAUUGGGUUGCAAGUGAUGGACCCGACACUACACAUUCCACAGAUGGAUGGAAGUUCAAACAAUCAGAAUUCGCAAACAGGGAUGUCUACAGGGCAACCACCUCAACGCACCAAACGUAUGCGCACCUCUUUUAAACAUCAUCAGCUUCGUACAAUGAAAUCAUACUUUGCCAUUAACCAAAAUCCGGAUGCGAAAGAUCUCAAGCAGCUAGCACAGAAGACAGGAUUAUCGAAGAGAGUUUUGCAGGUGUGGUUCCAGAACGCUCGAGCCAAAUGGAGAAGAAACAACCUUAAACAGCAAGAACAACAGCAGACUCAAACGUCCCAAGCACAUCCCAUUAGUGCAGGUAGCCCAGGUGCUACAAGUUCAUUCUCGGAACCAAGUCCCGCACCUUCGUGCGGUGGCAUGGGCGCGGAAGGACCUGUUUCCACUCAUUCGAUAGUCAACAUGACAGGUAUAGACUAUGGCGACGGAGGAGCACUCACUCCUUUGGUAUCUCACCACGCUCCAACAUCAGUCGGAGGAGACGGUUUACCACUGACAUCCUUUCAAGAACUGUUUUGAAUCUCGUCAACAAAGUGAACCCCACACGAAAAGAAAGAACAAAAUCGAAGGUUGUGAUUUCCUCAUUUCAUUCCUCUAUAUUGGAAAUCACCUACUUAUCUUCAAACAAUUAGUUCGAGCUUUGAAAAAGCUAAAAGAAAAAGAAGGGACUGAAAUCUUCGACUGGUUCUCACUCAGAAUACCCCCUAAAAAAUAAUAAACAUAAUAAAAAGAAUGUCCAAUUCGUGACUGACUAUGCUGUAUGUACAGUAUAUGUUAAUGUUAAUGUGUACGUAUUGUUUAUGUGUGUGUGUGUGCAUGUGCGUGUAUCUCCCACGAAGUGUCUUUAGCCACUUUUAUUGUACGUGCAAUAAUUAAAGGCGGGAAAAUCGUAAAUGUUUCUUCUUUUUUUCUUCUCCUCCUCCUCCUCCUCCUUCUUCCUUUCUAUCUUUAUAUUCUAAUUAUUAGACACGUUACAU